AUGAAAACUCGGUCAAGUGCGGAUAAAGCUGCACUGAACCAGCGCCAGAGUAGAGCGAGACAGGCGCGGCCGAAUGUUGACUGGGCGGGCGGCGAAGGGGCGGGGGCGGGUGAGCGAGAGCGGUCGACGGCGGCGCGUAGCCAGUGCGCGCCCGCCCAGGUCCGACACUCGACGUCGGCUCGUCCAAGACUACACACCGACAUUACACGACCAUUAUCUCAAACGAACACGAGCACGACA